CGCUGUGGCGCAGCUGCGAGCCGAGCAUCAGAGCCCUCUGUCGGCUCUACAGUCUGGGAUGAGAACAGGCAGACCGUAAUGGCGACUGCUGGGACGGCAGACUCGGGAUCAACAGCCCCGACAGGGACCAGUGGCAUCCGAAAAAUGGCCCCUUCAGAGUUGCCUGGCACAACUCAGAGUAUGAAGAAGACCAUCGGACACCGGGGGGUGGAGACCACCACCGGAGAGACCACCUAUAAAAAGACUACGUCAUCUGCCCUGAAAGGUGCCAUCCAGUUGGGCAUCACUCACACCGUUGGCAGCUUAAGCCAGAAGGCGGAGAGAGACGUUCUCAUGCAGGACUUUGUGGUGGUCGAAAGCAUCUUCUUCCCCAGUGAAGGCAGUAACCUGACUCCUGCUCAUCACUACAGUGACUUUCGCUUUAAGACCUACGCUCCAAUUGCCUUUCGUUAUUUCAGGGAACUCUUUGGCAUUCGACCAGAUGACUACCUGUAUUCUCUGUGUAAUGAUGGUCUGAUCGAGCUGUCUAACCCCGGAGCCAGCGGAUCCCUCUUCUAUGUCUCCAGUGAUGACGAGUUCAUCAUCAAGACUGUUCAACACAAAGAGGCAGAGUUCCUACAGAAACUCCUGCCUGGAUACUUCAUGAACAUUAACCAAAACAAGCGCACCUUGCUACCCAAGUUCUACGGGCUGUAUUGCGUUCAGGCAGGAGGAAAAAACAUCCGUAUUGUUGUGAUGAACAAUCUUCUUCCUCGGAUCAUCCCCAUGCACCUUAAAUACGACCUGAAGGGCUCCACCUAUAAGAGGCGAGCGUCCCCUAAAGAGAGGGAGAAGGCCGUUCCCAUUCACAAAGACCUGGACUUCAUCCAGGACUUGCCGGACGGGCUGCUGCUGGAAGCCGACAAUUUCAAUGCCAUGUGCAAGACUAUACAGAGGGACUGCCUGCUCUUGCAGAGUUUCAAGAUCAUGGAUUACAGUCUGUUGAUGGGCAUCCAUAACAUGGACCAGGCCAGUCGGGACCGGGAGCGUAGCGGGGGCAACUCUGGUGACAGUGGGGGGUCGGAGGGAGCAGUGACCCCAGAUCAGCGCCGGCCACAAAUUCAGAAAAGUCUUUACUGUACAGCCAUGGAGUCCAUUCAGGGGGAGGCCCGAGGGAAGGGUGCUUUGGAUUCAGAAGACCACAUGGGCGGUAUUCCAUCUCGUAAUAGUAAAGGAGAGAGGUUGCUGAUCUACAUCGGCAUCAUCGACAUUCUGCAGUCCUACAGGUUUAUUAAGAAGUUGGAGCAUUCCUGGAAGGCCUUGGUCCAUGAUGGGGACACAGUUUCAGUUCACAGACCUGGCUUCUAUGCAGAUCGUUUCCAGCAAUUCAUGUGCAACACAGUGUUCAAGAAAAUUCCACUAAAACUUUCACCUUCUAAGAAGAGUCGUGGUGGCGGUCAGGGCGGCCUCCGGAGGGCCCCCACCCUGGGCGCUCCCCCCCUGCUCUCCAACGCUACGGGACAGUCAGCAGUCGACUCCAGACUGGUCUACCACAGCCACUUCAAGAGCACCGACUCAGAGGCCGACAGCGGCGUGCAGUUCGGCAGACCAGAUCUUGUUCCGAGGACGCCUCCGCUUGGAGAAAACCCUGCGGACUACGAGGCCAACCUGUCCACCUCAUCACUCGGCAGCACAGGACUUGCUUCCACCUCUCCACCACUACGGUCUGUAGGGGUCGAAGUGCACAAAUCAGCCAACACAGACUUGGACCAUCACAGUUUUGGGGACGAAGGGGCUAUGGAUAAUUCAGGCAACCUGUCUGGGAACGAAGAUGUGAUUUCACUCUCAGACAUCGUCCCUGAGACCAACAUCUGCUUUUAGAUAACAGAUAUCUGAGGAUGACGUGUUUCUGAGCGAGGUGAGGUGGGUGGAAGAUUAAAGAGAGUGAAAGUCAUCCAUCCUCCACGGACCCUCCAUUGCACCUCAGUUCUUAUCAACCGUACCGAGUAUACAGGGAUCGCUGGAUGAAGCAGUGAGGUGCAGUGGAAGUUGUGACAAUGAAAUAGCAAUGGUGGAAAGUUCAAGAAGAAGCCGGUGAGCGGUAGGUUUUACCCUUCGCAGCCUUCAGCCUCCCAAAGCCCAAUUGACUUUGAUUUACACCCGGAAGAAAAAGGUGUAUGACCCUGAAAUUGUCAGAAUGACAUUGUUUAAACAAAGAUUUUCUGUCAUGCUCACAACAUGAAGGAAGCUUCAAUGACAUCAAAAACUAAACGAUUAGAUGUACAUUGUUAAAAGUCCAUGCCCCCAGUCACCAGUGGAUGGUGAAGGCAGUUACAUUUCCCAUGAAGAGACAGUCGUGGUUCUUUGAGAUGGCACCAACAGCCUUUCAGCAGGAACAUGCACAUCAAGGGCAAAGCCUGCAUUUGUAGGAGUGAAUAUUUCCUGCAGAGUCUGGAUUCACAUUUCCAUGGUUCACACCUAAGUGUUCCAUUACCGCACAUCCAUACCCCCUUUUAUAAAUCAUCAUGACCAGGUGCACUCUGAGCAAUUAACACUCCUUUUUUGAAUCAACAUGUGCUGCUGUUGACUCUGUAAACAUGAAUGCAUUUCUUUUAAUCGAUUGAGAUGUACAUUAUUUGUUUGAAUUUGGAUUUUGGAUCGAUGGGUUUGAACCUAAAGGGUCAUUUUGUUUCAAGUUUUGUUCUAAGUUAUUCUGUUGGAGGCCACGGUGGUGCUGCAGAGGUCCAGCUAGAUCUUGCCACUGCUGAAUGUACAUUACAAUGUUUUUCUUACAUAGAAUGUGUCUUAUUAACAUGGCAGACCACAUUUGUACAACCCUGAAAUCUCCCUCUCUGAAGUGACCAUAAUGUGCUCAUGCAGAGAGAAUAGCUGCUGCAGAGAGAAUACUGUUGCAUUGCUCUUAAAUGAAGUCAUGGUAUUGAGCUAGUAGAAGGGUCAUAAUUCCCAGCUACUGUCCUCCAUCUGUAUGUGCCUUUACAUGUAGUCCCCUCCUGGACAUGUAAUAUAUAACUGACAUUUCUUACAGGUUAGUGUUGGAAAAACCUGCCUUAUCACUACAACUAAGGUCGUCAAACUGCCAUUUGUAUGUCUGGACCAACAAACAGGGCAUCAAAUAAUUUCAGAUUGUGUUGCAACCACUAGUACAAUCCCUCUUUUAUUAUGUGAUGAGUCUAAUCGCAUUAGAGUGGUUAAUCUAAUCCUUUUUAAGUUAGAAUGUCUUUUAUUUCUCAUUCCUGCUGGUUACAGAAAUGACCCAUGCCCACAUCCACUUUUGGACCAAUAUUAAUAACCAUGUGUUCAACUAAUAUUAGUUGUUUUAAUAUGUUGUCUUACUCAGAUUUGAUGUGGCUGUUGAUCUAAAAACAUAUGCUUUGUUUUCACUUAAUAUAUUGUGUUUAUGUUGUUGAGCUUUGUACCACCAAGAGAUAUUUCUGAUACAGAAAUGUGAAUAGCUACAUAGUUACUGUAGCACCACUCAAGAUCUUAGACAUCUCACUGAAGGAGUUACUGUGUGUGGUUGGUAGGCACAUUUGGUCUGUGAAGCAGAGAGGGAGAAGGGGAAAUGUGAUUUGUGAAUAUAGAAGAAAAGAAAACUACUUUUUGUUUAUCAAUGCACAGUUGAAGAUUUAGGACUGAGUCUUUUGUUGUUUAAGCCAGUCGCGGCACCAAAGAAAGGAGAAGGGGGAGUUCCUGCAAAUGUUCAGGAUCCAGUACCGUUAUCAUGAAAAUGAAAUCAGACGCUCCUCAUUACCUGCAUGGACUGAUAUUUUGUACAUGGUAAUAACACUGGGUUAACCUGUGUUUUAAGGAUCUGUUAUUACUGGAACUGGAUAUUUGUUUUUUUUUGCUAAAUAACUUAAUGUCUGAUAAGAUGUAUCUGACAUACAUGUAUUGUUUAUCAAAGAUUUAGAUUACUUUGUGGCCUGAGACAUUUCAAGAUGCAACCUCCACAUUCCUGUUAAAUUAAGUACAAUUGUGGUAGCUCUUAGACACCAUUAUUUAACACCUUUACGUAGUAAGGAUAAUGUUCUUGAAAUCAAUCAUGUUUCAUAUGCUAAAAAUGUAAGAUAUUGAUUAUUUCUAAAAGAUCAGUUUAAAUUUGUAUUCAGUUGGAGUCAAACGGCCAACAAAGAAAACACUCCGAAAAUGUUUCUCACAGGAAAUCCAGAUUAUGUUUUGUCACACCUGGGUUUUGACUUGACUGGCACUGUGUAAUUGCUGGAUGCAUGUUCUACACCAUGGCACAAGACGAACAUGAUCCUCCUUCCUAAAGGGCGGUGUACUCAUUGUAGACACUACAGGUUAUUUGAAUUCAUGCAAUAUGAACCACAAUUUCUGCCACCUUUCAGCUCUAAGAAAUAUAUUUAUUGACAUGGUUGAUUACUGCAGGCUGAAAUGAUAAAAGUUGUGUAUUGUAUCUUUUAGAUUGUACGUAUACUGACAGAAGGAUGUCUGAAACUUUAUAGCGUGUAUUGCCUUUGAAGGGGGGCUAUUUGACAAUUUUAUACUUCAUGUUUAGAUUGUGCUAUGAUGGAUGUAUUAGCUCCAUGAUUCGGGGUUGUUGAUCGCCCGUGCUUUUUCUACAUGAAUGUUUCACAUGGCGUGCGAGCCAACGUUGCUGGUUGUUCUAUAAUGCUUCAAUUACUAUAUUUUUACUGUGUAUAAAAAUGUGUAUAUGUACAUAGGAGUCACAGAAAUGCCUUCUCAUGCAAUAUGUGCUGCCUGUCCCUCCUGUCAUGUUUCAGUUAUGUGGUGGUGAUGUUUUCAUGUCUGAUUUUAAAGGAUUAAACAUAUUUUCUAAAUCUU